AUGGCCACCGUUCAAGACUCGGAGCCUGAAGGUCAUCAUAUCCUUCUUCAUUGCUUUGGCGGCUGGGGGCAUAUCAGGCCCUUGUGUAAUUUCGCAGCGCGCGUUGCCAAAGAAAAUGGCACGAACGUCACCUUCCUUAUAUCGCCGACGUAUUACAAGCAGACCCAGCAGGAGUUGUCGCGUCAAUUCGAAAACGGAGCCGACGAGUCUAAGCUCAUCAGACUUAUUGGCCUCAAGGAGGACGUCACAGUAUCCAGCAUCGAACAAGGAGAUCGCCUUUUCGAGGACGUAUACCAAUCGAUGGUCGAGACGGGCUCUCUUAGGUGUUCCGUGUCGAAUACCUUGUUCGAAGGUCUUACACACCCGGAUUCGGCUGUCAUAGAUUUCUACGGAAUCGGGCCGCUUCAGGCGAUCCGCCGAAACAGUCGCAAAACUGUGAAGGUGCUCGUCUGGAACGUGGGAGCCGUGUCGUACUUGCUUCGAGUAUUUGGCCCAAUUUCCGAAGAAGGAAUUGAGCACUGGCAAACCGUCGUCGGGACUAGAGCUGCAGAAACCGGGAAGAACUUCGUCGAAGCGGCCGAUGAUAUACUGACCGGGGGUCAUGGAACCGUCACGGAGAUUCCCGGUAUGCCCAAGCUCUACGAUUGGGAGCUGUUCCCUCAACCCUUACCCUCGUACCCUAUGGGGCUUGUUAGUGUUGCGAUGUAUCAGCUCCUAUGCGCGUGUGAUGGCAUCAUUCACAUUACGGCGGAGGCGUAUGAGCCUGUGUAUACGGCUGCCUUCGAAAAGUGGUUUGGCAGGGAGAAGAAAAGCUAUGUAUUGGGCCCGAUCCUUCCCGACUUCAAAGGUGAUAUCGCGAAGACCGGGGAGCUCGUGCAAUCAACCAAGGCCAAAAAUAUUCAAGAUUUCUUGGACGCGGCCUUGAAAAGCCACGGCGCCAAUUCGUUGCUUUACAUCAUGAGCCAUGGUUCUCCCCAAGCUGUGGUUCCGCCCGAUGUCAUCGCGAAAGCAGAGAGUUCUGGUCUGGGUAUCUUUGCCAAGUGGUCGCCCCAGCAAGUCAUUCUCGACCAUCAGGCAACUGGGUGGUUCGUCUCUCAUUGCGGUCAGAACUCGUGUCUGGAGUCAUUAAGCUCUGGGAUCCCGCUCAUUGCGUGGCCCUAUGCGAUUGAUCAAGCGACGAAUGCCUUACACGUCAGCUGCGUGCUGAACGUCGGAUACGAACUUCUCGAGGUUCGGAGCGGGGAAAUGGGCCUGAAGACGGUGUAUCGGACCGGAAAAGCGCCAGACGGGACGGUGGAUGCAGUCCGGCGCGAGGCGAAGAAUACCUUAGAGCUCGCGAGAGGACCCGAUGGCGUCAUCAAGAGACAAAACGCCCAGAAGAUCAAGCAGCAGCUAGCUGAGGCUUGGGCGGAACACGGCCCAGCCUAUCAGGCGUUCAGGCGACUCCUAUCCGACAUAAACAUAGCUUGA